AUGACCUACGACUUCCCCAACAAACCACGCACCGCCUCCGCCGAAGAUGUCAAACCUCCGCAGUUCCCCUCUAUGUCGGCCAUGGCCGAGACCAUCUUGACCACUAGCCGACCACUGGGCCAAGCUGAACUCUGGUUUCUGUCGCGUCGUCAGUCGCGCGGACUCCUCGACGUCCAUAACAUCUUAACGCUCCAGACCAGUGGCGGCUAUUCCAUCACAGAGCGCGAUGUCGGGCUAGCAUUCGCUGUGACCUGUCUUCGACGCCCUAUCCUCACGACGCGUGUGUCGUUCACCAGCAGCCCUCCAGCCUUCGUCUGCGCCACACCCCUCACGGCGAAGCAUGCUCUCAAAGCGUCUAGGAGCCUGAUCGACUUCGACACAUUCCAGGACGUGCGGGAGGCAGCGUCUGCCAUACACGACGCUUGGUCCAGCAGCGAUGGCGAACAUGCGAUCGACGUGCGCGAUGCCACCUGCACCGUGUGGUGGUCCAAGGGCAUCGGCCGUGCGGAAGGCCAAUACCUCUUCGGCCUGCAGAUGGCUCACUUCGCUGCUGACGGGCGCGGGCGGAUGAAUGUGAUGCGCCAUUUCUUGGAGCUCCUUGCUUCCCCGGACAUGGCUCGGGCAGAGCUGUCAUGCUUCUAUGCAGACAUCGCACGACCCCUGCGCAUACCAGAGAGCUUGGAAGAGUUGCUUCCAGACGUAUCCUCUCUCAGCUCAGACGACAUCACGAAAGGCAAGGAGACAUACGAAGAGUAUGCGCGGUGGCACUCAAAGCCCAUGGUCGGACUGCGACUCGAUAGGACGGACGACACGGAGAACAUUGACCCUCGUAUGUGUGUCCACGUGUGGUCGCAGUCGAAGUCCUCCGGCAUCUUGCACGCCUGCAAAGCUCGAGGCGUCACCGUCACACAUCUCGCUAUCGCCGCUAUGGCACUCGCCGCCCUCUACGACAACCAGUAUGGGGAGCAAGCUGCCGGCGACGAGGGUUCAUACUACUUCACGGCCUGGUCGGUGUUAGACCUGUCGCCGCGCUUGCAGCCGCCCACCGACGGAUACGAGCCGGGAACGACCACUCGCGCCGUUGCGUUCCCCGUGUUCCUCCAUCUCUCGCAGCCGGAGGCCGCCGAGCCCGCGCCGCUGUGGUCGCUGGCCGUGCAGUGCAGGGACCAGUUUGCGUCCUUCACCAAAUCGCCCCACUUCUGGCAGCUCAUACAUCGCGUCCGGCCCCUCCUCGUGCAGAACCACAUCGACCGCAUGUCCGGCCGGCCUACGCUGCCCUUCAUGAGCAGUGUGGGCGACUGCACCAAGGUCCUGCCAGUCUCUUUGCCAGGCACUAAAGAGAGUACGGAUCAGUCCCCCAAAAUCACAGUCACGGAUUUGUCGUAUGGCAUCAGGAGCGACGCGACAUCAUUUGGCCUCCAUCUGAUCACGUACGACAACAGGCUGUCUCUCCGCUUCGUGUACAACGGCUUGCGCGCCGAUCCCGCAGCUAUGGACGCAUACUUUGGUCGUAUCAUCGAGAUCGUCUCCAGGGCUGGACCGGGUCUGCCGUCUUUGUGA